AUAAUUCAGUCUAUGCUUUUACAGAUACUAUUGGGAGUUCUUUAUUAUAAGCCUCAUAACAUUCAAGGUAAUAAGCAUGUUCUCCAGAAUAUAUACCAGAACUCCAUCCACCCUUUAUAUUUUCGCCUUCAUGGUUUUUAUUACAUAUGGGGCAACGUAUUGAACUAUUAAACACAAAACUAUCGCCAUAACUCUCACUAUACUCCAAGGAUAGAUAAGGAAAACGCUUUAACACCAACCCAAUGAUAUGU